CAAGCCUACAUGGGUGGUUUAUUUCACCUUUUUGACUUUAGUCAGUCCAGUACAUCCAGAAAAUCUCACAAGCGGCUCGUCGAUGGUUUAGAAGCCCCACGAAAUAGUUUGGAGCUACCAUCAGAAUCCUCCCCAAGAUAUAGAGCCAUGGGAGAUAAGAUAUCGUAUUCGCACCAAGUGAAUCAGCAGAAGACUUCCAAACAAAACAUUUCUUCAAAUGGAGCUCCGAUGAAAAAGUUGAUCAAUGAGGAGAUAUUAAAAGAUUCAGACAGCAGGCGCGGUGUUCCAAGUAUUGUUGCUCGUCUGAUGGGGAUGGAUAUUUUACCAUCAGAGACUAAACCAGCAAUUCAAGUAAGCGAAAAGAAGAUCAAACCAAAACAAGAGAGAUCCCCGGGAAAAGAAUAUGUUGCAAGCAAUCCAUAUCUCGAUAAACCUCUCAACUUGAAAUCUCAAACACCGUACAACUUACUCCCUCACAGCGGAGAAAUGGAUCCUGACAAACCCUGCCAUGUGUUCGGGAACCCACGGCCACGGGAACAUCCUCAAGAAGAGCAACUACAAAAAUUCAAGAAAGAGUUUGAAGCAUGGCAGGCAGCCACGGUUUGGGAACAAGCAAGGGUUGUUGAGGGCUCCCACAAGGAAAAGCGCACUACCUAUACAGGUCCAAGGAUUACUAGAAGACAAGAGAAGCUUACAGAACUGAAUAGUCAUAGACCUGAACUUGCAGUGAAAUCAAGCGCACGAGAAAGAAGUGAUUCAUACCAUCGUAGAUAUAAGAGCGAUGAUUUAGAUGCUCGUAAUCCAAAGGAUUUCAUUUCGGCAAGGAACAAAAGUAGAACUACUUCCAGUUUCGAGCCUCAAACUUACUGCAACACAAGAGACAGAAAACAUUCUGCAGCAACAAGGAUAGUUGUCUUAAAGCCUGGCCUUGAUAGAAGUCCUGGCAGUGAAGAUUCUUGGGCUAGAUCCUCAGACAGUAUAGAAGAUGAAGGAAGUAUAGAAGAUUUUCUUGAAGAAGUUAAAGAAAAGCUGAGGUCCGAAAUGCGAGCAAAGAAGGCUGUGAAAAGAGAUUUUAUUGUUAUAAGGAAUGGGGUUGAGUUUCCUUUUGAUGCAAAGCCAUCAAGUCGAACGGAGUCAAUGAAGUCGUAUGGAAGUGAAAUUCAGGUUGGUGAAUCAGAAGAAUCCCCGGAGUUCAUCAGUAGAGAAAUGCGCAAAGUCUUAUCCAAGAGGCUAAAAAAUGUCUUAAUGGGAGAAAUAGAUGCUGCUGGUAUUAACCCAAAUGAGAGUAGAAACUCAUUCUCCAGAGAAGGUUUUGGUUCUGGAAAGAGAAGCCACUGGGAAAACAUGGAAGAUGAAAAUGAAUUCCAAACCAAUUCUAGAAACGGAGAGCAGAAUUAUCAAUUACGUUCUACCGGUGAAAUGUUACCGAGGUCGAAUCUCUUAAGAUCUAUGUCAGCUCCUGUAUCGUCGGGAACUUCAUUUGGGAAGCUGCUUUUAGAUGAUCGACAUGUUCUGACAGGGGCACAGUUAAGAACAAAACAUGAAGUUGCUGAUAAUGUCCCAACAGAACUGACGAGAAGCAGCAGCACAAAAGAGAAGUUCAACUUGAGAGGGAAAUUUUCAUCUCUCAACAACUUCACUCUUAAAAGCAGGCUGUUUGGAGGGAAGUUGGAGAUGGUGGAUGAAACGGAGAGCAACAACGGAUCUGUCUUCGACAGGGACGCUUUUACAAGUGGUCCGACUGUCAUGAUGAAUCUUGGAAAUACACACGAGAACUGCACUGAGGUACCCCCAAGUCCAGCAUCAGUGUGCAGUAGUGUUCAUGAAGAACGCUGUGAGCCAGACGAGUCAACAAGUCCUGUUGCCGCAACAGAUGUAUCUGCUAUGGAAACGAAUAUUUCUCAUGUAUUUAAGGUCCCUGAUGACGAAAUAAGACCCGACCGAUCAGGGUUAGACCAGGAAACAGGAACCGAGGAGGUGGAGGAGCAGCAGCAAGUGGUUGAGGACGCAGCAGAAAUGAUGGUGACUGAAAAGGCUUACAUUAAAGAUCUCCUUCUUAUUUCUGGGUUGUACGGUGGUGGUGUUGGUGGUGGUUACGAGUCCAGGUUGUCUGCUGGAGCCGAUUUGAAAUGGGUACCACUCGGCAUGUGUGUAUUUGACAAAGUUGAGGAAUCGAGAAAAGCCAACAACUUAAACGAAGUCGAAGGAGAAAGUAAGACAAUUGCAGAACAAAAUCAUAAGGUGAUGUUUGAUUUGGUAAAUGAAGCAUUGUACACCAUUCUUGAACCAUGUUUUACUACCACUGCUGUUGGGCCAACUAGGAUGCCGCGUGGGAAGAGAUUAUUGGAUAAAGUAUGGAGGAUGAUAGGAAUGUACAUAAACCCACCUGCACAUACCGAGGAUGGGAAGAGGUUGUCCUUGUACUCCUUAGAUGCCAUUGUUGCUCGUGAUCUCGGUACAAACUCUUGGUUGGAUUUGAAUCUUGACGACAGUGAAGAUCUGUUGAUAGGAAAGGAAGUUGGGGGGUCCAUUCUAGACGAAUUGAUUGAAGAAGCGGUGAGGGAUGCUUAUGGUGUAUCUAAGCUUCAGUCCUGA